CACCGGGGUUGGCGGGCGGGGGCACUGUGCGAAGCUCCCUAUCCCUCCGCCUCCCACAGUCAGAGCUGGCGGUUACAUCAAAUGCAGGAACGUAGAAAGUUCCGACUAUAAUUGGAGAGUGUGACAAGAUAGCAACCCACCUUGCAGUUUCUUUGUUCCCAGUCCAUUGGCAGGAACGGAUAUCUAGAAUUGCGGAUAUUUUUUCCUUCGAGAAAUACGUGCGAGAAAUACAUGACAUUGAGAGACUUGGAACUGCAGUGACCAGUUCCGAUUCAACAUUGGGCAGACUGUUUGGAAGGUCGCAUCCGAAGUCGGGACUCUUCAUUACGUGCAGGUUGUUCGUCAAGGAGGACUGAGCUGAGAGGGCAAGACGACAGAAACUAUGGCGUCAAACAGCGGCAACGCGAAGAAGCAGGCGUUCGUGGGAACCUUUGUCCACAGCAAGAAGCUGGACGAGCUGGAAUAUCUCCAUGAUACCGUCGUCUGCGUCGACCCAUCUGGCAAGAUCGUGGCGGUGGAGCGUGAGUGUGACGCGAAAAAGGCGGAGCAAAUUCUGUUUGCCAAACUGGGCUGGGACGCGGCCGAUGUCCAAGUGCAUGUGUGCAAGGAGGGACAGUUCUUCUUUCCGGGAUUUAUAGAUACCCACAUCCAUGCUUCGCAGUAUCCCAAUGUAGGCAUCUUCGGCAAGUCGACGCUGCUGGACUGGCUCAACACCUACACCUUUCCCAUGGAGGCGUCACUGUCUUCGCUUUCCAAAGCGCGUCGUGUGUACACGCGUUGCAUCCGGCGCACGCUGGCCCACGGCACCACAACAGCCGCCUACUACGCCACCAUCUCGGUCCCUUCAACCAGCCUCCUAGCCGACCUUUGCCUCUCCCUCGGCCAGCGCGCCUUCGUCGGCCGCGUCUGCAUGGACCGUCUGGGUCCGUCCUACUACCUCGACGAGUCUCCCGAAGCAGCCCUCAGCGCCACAAAAGCGAGCAUCGAGCACAUCCGCUCUAUCGACCCCAACUAUGACCUCAUCACCCCAAUCCUCACCCCGCGCUUCGCCCCCUCUUGCACAGCCGACACCAUGAAGCGCCUCGGUGCCCUGCAGGCCGAGACGGGAUUGCCGGUGCAGACGCACAUCUCCGAGAACGUCAACGAGAUCACCCUCGUCCGCGACUUGUUCCCCGACAGCGAACACUACGCCGGCGUCUACGAUGACUGCGGUUUGCUUACCCCGAAAACGAUCCUUUCACAUGCUAUCCAUUUGAGCGAGGAUGAAGCGGAGCUCAUUACCGCUAGGGGGUCCAAGGUUGCCCAUUGUCCGUGUAGCAAUAGUGCCAUUACAAGUGGUGAGGCGCGCGUCCGCUGGUUGUUGGAUAAGGGGAUUGGAGUUGGGCUCGGCACCGAUAUGAGUGGUGGGUAUAGCCCUUCGAUCCUUGAGGCGGCUCGGUUGGCUUGUCUGGUCAGUCGACAUUUGGCGAUGGGGGAUGGAAAAGGUGGGGCUGCUGAUGCGGCCACGAUGAUGGUGCAGCAAGUUUCGGCGGAGGAGAGAGAAAGGGCCAAGUUGAGUGUCGAGGAGGUGUUGUAUCUAGCUACGAAGGGUGGCGCCGCCGUGGUUGGGCUUGAGGGAAAAGUUGGGGGGUUUGAGGUCGGCAUGGAGUGGGAUGCGCAGUUGGUUGGACUGGGAGUCGUGGGGGAGGUGGCUGAGGGCAAGGGGGUUGAUCAGGUUGAAGGCGAAGACGAGGGGAAUGUAGAUUUGUUUGGCUGGGAGAGCUGGGAGGACAGAGUCGCCAAGUGGUUGUUUAAUGGCGAUGAUCGGAAUACGAAGAGAGUGUGGGUCAGGGGCCGGCUAGUGCAUAGUCGAGUGUGAAGGGAGGGUGGAAGACUGAUGACACACGAAGAGGGGGAGGCGAGCUGUACGACGAUGAUGAUGAUGAUCACGACGAAUACAUGCGCGCAUGUGUAUGGGUAAGGACAGACGAAGAGACUCAAGUAUCCCGAUGGAUAGGAUAGAUAUAAACGCGUCUCCCUUUACCUAUGGCAAGGGGGGCGUAAGAUUGUAUAUGAAUGAGGUGUCUGACCCGUAAGUGG